UAUCUGAACAUUGAACAUUCCGACAGCGAAAGCUUGAUAUCAGCACCACAACGUGAGGUGUUCGCGGAACUCAUUUUCUUUGUCUACAACAAGAAAGAAAACGAGUACUUCACUAUUCAAGAUGUCGAAGUAAAGAGUUUCAAUGCACUUAAGACAGUGUGUGGGCUGCCGCAAGGAAAUCAAUGUGAGUUUGGUAUUGAUGUCAUUGUUCCUUCACCCCUCACCAAUUGGGAGAUCCUCUCUUUCAAUGAGAAACUCCAGAACCCCAAGUUCUCUUGGACUGUUAAGAAUUUUUCAAAGUUGAAAGAGGAUAAAUACGCAUCAAAAAGUUUCUCAAUGGGAGCAAUGCAAUGGGUUCUGUGGCUGUAUCCGAAGGGUGACUCUAGAGCAGAUGGGAAAUGGCUAUCCCUUUAUCUGGUUUUGUCUGACAGCAAUACACUAAAAGCGGACGAGAAGAUUUUGACGCAAGCAAAUUUGCGAGUUCUAGACCCACUUAGAUCCAAUCACUUGGAACGCAAACUGAACCAUUGGCACAAUGAAACAAAUUCUGGUUGGGGCUGGAAUAAGUUUUUGUCUUUAGCUGAACUUCGGAAGUCUUACUUGGACACGGAAGACGCGUUGACCGUUGAGAUCGAAUUUGAAGUUGUUUCUGCUACCAGAUAUUCUCCCAGUAUUUAAGCACUACUAUUAUACUGCUAUUACACAAUGCUAUGUCUUCAACUCUUUUUGUAUUAAUUAUCGUUCGAAUUCUAUAUUUUCUACAUAUUUGGUUUUACUAAAGAAAACUUUCAAUUUUAGUUUGGAAUAUUCAGGAACACCACAAAUAUAAUUUCCCAAAACUAUUCUCCGCAGCUCUUAACUACUUAGACAUGUACUGCUUACCAUUAACUUGGUAUUGAUCUAGGCAUCGUCAGGUUAAUUCAGCCUUCUGACAGUUUAGGAGGUGUUAAAGUUAACCUUGUUACAAUCACAA